ACCCUUAGAAUUCCAUUGGCGGCCCCUACGCCGUUGGCCUUGCUUACUUAGCUUCUCCUCCCUCUCUCUCUCUCUCUCUCUCUCUCUCUCUCUCCCUCCUAAAAAUUAAAACCCACCACCUCCUCUCUCUCUCUCUCUCUCUUCCUAGUAUUUAAAACCAAGUCACACUUCAAGUAACAGACGCAAGACUUAGGAGCUAGGAAGAAAGAGAGGCUAGUGAUCAACAUGGAGCUAUGGUCCUGGCUCAAGUUUGUGUCCCUGUGUUUCAUUCUUGGAGUUUUUGGUCUGAGGAUUGUGGUGUUGCUUUGGUGGAGGCCCAGAAGAAUUGAGGAGCAUUUCUCAAGGCAAGGGAUCAGAGGACCUCCUUAUCAGUUCUUCAUUGGAAAUGUCAAAGAGCUUGUGGGGAUGAUGAUCAAGGCCUCUUCUCAAACCAUGCCUUCUUCCUGUCACAAUAUUCUCCCCAGAGUCCUCCCUUUUUACCAUCACUGGAAAAAAAUCUAUGGUGCAUCAUUUCUUGUGUGGUUCGGACCAACAGUUCGGCUCACCGUCUCCGACCCCGAUCUUAUCCGCGAAGUAUUUACUUCCAAGUCGGAAUUCUACGAGAAAAAUGAGGCUCACCCACUAGUGAAGCAACUCGAAGGCGACGGCCUCUUGAGCCUUAAAGGUGAGAAAUGGGCUCACCACAGAAAGAUCAUUACCCCUACAUUUCAUAUGGAGAAUCUCAAGUUACUCAUACCUGUCAUGGCAACGAGUAUGGUGGAUAUGAUGGACAAAUGGUCAGCAAUGUCGUCCGACUCUGGUGAGGUUGAGAUUGAAGUUUCCGAAUCGUUCCAAACCCUAACCGAAGACAUUAUUACCCGAACUGCAUUUGGAAGCAGCUACGAAGACGGCAAAGCCAUUUUCAGGCUACAAGCUCAGCAAGUGCUCUUCGUUGCCGAGGCCUUUCAAAAAGUCUUCAUUCCCGGCUUUAGAUUUGUACCCACGAGACGAAACAUAAACUCGUGGAAAUUGGAUAAGGAAAUUCGGAAAAAGCUCAUGGAGUUGAUCGAUCGACGGAGAGAAAAUUCGAUCAACAAUGUGAACGGAAAAUGUUCCAAGGAUUUAUUGGGGCUUAUGAUUCAGGCCUCGGAUUCUUCUUCACCACCAUCCAAUCUUGACGCCAUCACUGUGAACGACAUUGUUGAAGAGUGCAAGAGCUUCUUCUUUGCUGGCAGCCAAACCACAUCCAAUUUGCUGACGUGGACGACGGUUCUCUUGGCAAUGCACCCUCAGUGGCAGCUGCAGGCACGUGCCGAGGUGCUCAGGGUGUGCGGAUCACGUGACAUACCCACCAAAGACGAUGUCGUAAAGCUCAAGACGCUCAAUAUGAUCCUGAAUGAAUCUCUAAGGUUGUACCCGCCUACCGUCGCGACGAUCCGACGGUCCAGAACGGAUGUGGAGCUCGGGGGAUAUAAGAUCCCCCGUGGUACCGAGCUUUUGAUCCCAAUCCUGGCCGUUCAUCAUGAUCAGAGCUUAUGGGGAAAUGACGUGAAUGAGUUCAACCCGGCCCGGUUCGCGGAGGGCGUGGCUCGGGCCGCCAAGCAUCCGGUGGCGUUCAUUCCAUUUGGGCUUGGGCUCCGCACGUGCAUCGGGCAAAAUCUAGCGCUGUUGCAGGCGAAAUUGGCCCUCGCCAUCAUGCUCCAACGGUUCUCGUUUAAGAUGUCCCCCACUUAUCAACACGCACCAACGGUCCUGAUGAUGCUUUACCCUCAAUAUGGUGCACCCGUCAUUUUUCAGCGUCUCCCCCAAGAUCAAGGACAGGAUCAAGGGUCUUGAUCUAUCUCUGCUCCUAUGCAUACCAAUCCUUUGUGUCUGAGUGCGGGUAUAGGAUCCCAAAGUUAAUUGACUGAAAUACCCAUUCGGUCGAUUUACUCAAUUUGGUUUUUACUUUCUUCGUUUUUUUUUCAAUUUUUUUUUUUUUUAUGUUGGGUUUUCAUAUAACUAUAGGAGCUAAAGUGGCAUAUGUCUUAAGAGAAUAUGUUGAAUUCCCUUUAACCUAGCGUUACUGACCCCCUCAUGAACAGGACCAUGGUUUUUUACCAAAGGAAAGGUAUUAACCUUGGCAUGUAAGCAGUAAGCUUUCUUUUCUCAACCUAGGAAUUAGUAAAUUGCUAACAAGUAGGUAGCUAGCUUCUUCAUCUAUCUUUCUCUCGUUUGUAUGUAAUGUAUAUUCUGUUCUGUUGCUACAAAGUUUUGUACCAUCAGUUUCCAUCAAUGAAUCUUUAAUAGGUUGCAUCAA